GUGGAAGGUACCCAGGAGUGAGAAAUGGACCUCCCAUGGCGCCCCCAUUUAAUCCCCUCACCUUCCACUCUCUUUCCCCUCAACCCCCACUCUUUCUUCCUUCUCCUUCUCUUCUCUGCUUCUCUUUUCAUCUCCGAAAACAAUGAAGCUCAUUAGCAGCAUUAACCCCAAAAAUCUCAAACUCAGUCCCAAACGCUUCUUUCGCAAAAAGGAACGAUCUUUAGUCUCACGCUCCGACCCACCUUCAUUCGGAUCCGGAUCUUCCUCCGACGACUCCACCACAAAUCACAAGCCUUCCGCCGGUAACCAAACUCCGACCAGCGUCCUCCCGGGCGUCUCCGGAGACUGGUCCGACGUCGCCGCCGUCGACGUGCGGUGGGACCUCGCCCAGGCCUUCCGCCUCAUCGACCGCGACAACGACGGCGUCGUCACGCGCCAGGACCUCGAGGCCCUCCUCACGUGCCUCGGCGCGUCGCCGUGCCCCGACGACGUGGCGAUCAUGCUCGGCGAGGUCGACGGCGACGGCAUCACCGUAGAAAGGCUCAUGAGCUACGUCGGGUCGGGUCUGAAACCCGGGUCGGAUCCGGACGAGCUCAAGGAGGCGUUCGAGGUGUUCGACACGGAUCGCGACGGGAGGAUCUCGGCGGAGGAGCUGCUUAGGGUUUUCAAGGCCAUCGGCGACGAGCGGUGCACGUUAGAGGAGUGCCGGCGCAUGAUAGAGGGUGUGGACAGAAAUGGGGACGGGUUCGUCUGCUUCGAGGACUUUUCUCGUAUGAUGGAGCUGCAGCAGCAGCGAUGAUGAUGACGUGGUUGUGAUUGUGAUGAUGUCAGAUGAUGAUCAUGAUCAUGUUAUGACUUAUGAUGUGAAAAUAUAUAUAAGAAGGAAGGCAACUUCAUAAUUUUUUUUAAUCCCCUUCUGUCAUUUGCGUUUGUUAUUAUUAUUAUUAUUAUUUUUUAUUUUAAUUUGGUUGUAUAAUUUUGAAGGCGAAAGUGCAAUCCACUGAGAAAAUGAAAGAAAAACGUAUAUAAGUGGUGAAAUAUAUAUCUAACGUCGCUUUAUAAGCUCUGAAACUUUUGGAAGUAAAAUAUGUGACAAACAAAUAGCACACUGUUUUGUUUUUGA